UGAUAGCCUCCUCCAGUGAGACAAAAUGCUGCCUCCCAUGGCCACUGUUGCUUGGCUGGUGCUCUCCUGCCUGAUGCUCCAAACCCAGGUGAAAGGGGAAGACCUGCAGAACGAAGAGCUGUCUCCACGAGCCAGAUGCCCCAAAGGCUCCAAGGCUUAUGGCAACUACUGUUAUGCCUAUUUUAAGAUUUCAAAAUCCUUUAUGGAUGCAGAUUUUGAAUGCCAGAAACGUCGCAAUGGACACCUUGUGUCUGUGCUCACUGAGUCUGAGGGAUACUUUGUGGCCUCCCUCAUCAAGAACAGUGGAAAUACAUCCUCUUAUGUCUGGAUUGGACUCCAUGACGUCACAGAGAAUCAACCCCAGGCAAGUGGAUGGGAGUGGAUUAAUGGUGAUCUGGUGAACUACCUGGCCUGGGAGAAAGGAGUUCCUACGAAUUCCGGGUUCUGUGGGGCUGUUGUUAGCAGAACAGGCUAUGAAAAAUGGCAAAAUUUUAACUGUAAAACUUUGCUGCCCUAUGUCUGCAAGUUUGAGAGCUAA